UCGUUUUUGAAAACUCAACAUCCAAUGGAAGGCUUUUACAGUAACAGCAGCAACUCAAAGCCCCCUGGACUCAGGAGCAACCUAAACGGCAGCGCAUCGAUGGACAACCUGUCGCCUCUUGGAAGAGGCCGCUCCAGCUACUACAACGAGAACAUCGACCUCGGAGAGUCGCCGCUCUUCAGGUACCUCCGCGCGGGGUCUCCGGACUCCUUCAAGUACGCGCCGCUCUCUCCGGUGGAGAACUUGGAGGUGGCGAGGUCGCCGACCGUCUACUCCACGCCAGUGAAGGUGGAGGAGGACGUAGUGGUUAUGGAUGGGAUUCUGGUCACCUCGGCAAUUCCGGCUGGAAGGUUCGCGAGGUCCGUCACCGUUUCAGGAGGCUCCACGACGUCUUCUUCUUCUUUGUCGUCUGGUGGGAAGAGUCUCUACAAGACCGACAUUUGCCGCUCCGGGGAGGAUUCUGGAAGCUGCCCCUACGGCGACAAAUGCCAGGCACAGACACACAAGCUAUACAGUGGCAUUGGAACAGGAACACACGGGCCAAAGAAUCGCUUUGUUUGUCAGUUCAUGGCAGCAGCAUCUCAAACAGCCUCACCCACCAAAGCAGAAUGCAGGAGCAAAAACCUCUCCACCACUUGUAUCACUGGAGCCGACUGGUCUCCCCAAGAUGAUGGCAUUGAGGUUGUGCUGCCACAUUCUUCAACUGGAAAUCCUCCAUCAAGGAAAGACGUGAAUGUCUAUGUUGAGAGUGAUCUUUAUGGUCCUAGGAAGAAAAAGAGAUUGCCGGUGUUUGAUGAAAUUUGCUCAUGAUGGUUUCUCAGAACAAUCUAUAUACUAUACAUGCUCUUCUAAUAUUUGGGCCUCUCAGUUCGUGGGAUUAGAAUAAUCAUCCUACACUUAUGUGUCGCUUUGCUUUUCUAUGACACAUUUACUAUACUACCUCCUAUCAAACAACUACAGUAUU